GGGAUGCCAGGAAUCCAACACGGCAAACCCAGUGUCACCCUUGCCUCUGUUUCCUAGAAGAUGGACCGAGUCACUCGCAGGCCCCUGUUUGGUGUCUCUUACGCUGCCCGCUCGGGUCUGGCCCUAGACGGGGACACCGGCCACAUUUUCCGACAGGUGGGCAUCGGGUCUGACGAUGGCCCCUGGCAGCAGGACGAAGUGUGGCCUGCGGACCCCUGGAUGGCGGAGCCUGACAUGGUGGGACCCAGGACCACCUCCAGCCAUUGGGCCCGGCACAGUGCUGAAGUGGACGAAGAGGAAGCCAUGAAGACGCGCUUCUGGGGUGCACCAGAUGCAGGGCCUAGUCGCCCUAGCCUGGAUGGGGCGUCUGGGGAGAUGGGCAUGGCCAGGAGCAGCAAACCCCAGGGAUCCUGGACCAGCCCAGAGGUCGAGCUGGCUGUGGACAGGGAACAGAUAGAUUUCUACAGUGCCAGACAGCAGUUUCUCACUCUGGAACGUGCCAACAGCACUGGCACUGGGUUCCCUCCAAGGAGCCCGUCCAAAGAAGCGGUCCUGCCACUGACCCCACUGACCCCCAAAACCUGGAACAGGCCUGCCCCAGCCAAUACCCGAAUCUCAGCCCCGGCCAAGUCGCCCAGGACGACCAAGCCGCCGCCGAUGCCACCCAUGGAGGAGAAGCGAACCCAUCGUGGGCCAAGUGGGCCAAGCCUCAACGGGACGGACGGGCCUGUGCAGCCGCCUCCAGCCGAGACCCCCAUUGAGCGCGAAAUCCGGCUGGCCCAGGAGCGUGAGGCAGACCUGAGGGAGCAGCGGGGACUGCAGCGGGCCCAGAACCAACAGGAGCUGGUGCAAAUCCGGGCACCGGCUCGGCAGAAGCAGCUGCUGCUCGGGUUGCUCGACGGGGCAGACGCCCCAGUGCGCCCUGAGCGGGGCCGCGUGUCACUCUAUGUGCAGCGGGAUCUGGAGCAAGAGACACAGCGCGAGGCUGAACAUCGCCAGCACCGGGGCCUGCCCAGGCCUGGCAGCCGUGCCCCUUCUCCUGACUGGCCCCACGAGGGGAGCUCCAUCAUGCUGCCACUUUCGAGGCUGCGUAGAACCCAGAGUUCAGAUUCUAUUCUGGACCUCUCCCAAGAGGCCCCAGCUUCUUCGGAGUUCAGGAAAGUGAAUCGGAUCCCAGCUAGCGCCUAUCAACCCUUCCUCAAUUCCAGCCCCUUGAAGGGGCGCGUAGGGGUCCAGGCAGCCUCCAGCACCAGCAGCAGUGUGGCCCGUCCCCAAGCCACCAUGGGCCACCUGCGUGCCUCCCAGGGCCUAGGCUGGGACUCUGGCAGGGACUCUUCUCAGAGGAAGGCCCGGAGUACCCAGGUGGAAGGCCGGCAGGCGAGAAGGUCCCCCCGACAGGCCCAUGGGGCAGUGCUGAAGAAGGAAUAUUUCUUCCUGAGACCCCUACGUUUCCGGGUCCCCGAUGUGCCAUCCCACCAGGAGAUCCACGAGGUCCCGGCUUGGAGGCUGACCCGAUCAUCGUCCUCGGAGCUGCUGGAGAAAGAGGUAGAGGAGGUGCUGAGGCGGGAGCAGGCCCUGAAGGAGGAGAGGCUCAAUGCUUUGUACCCCGAGAUCUUUUCCAAGUCCAUCGACUUUGAUGGCAGUGAGCCCACCUCCAGAAGUUCGUCCCGGGCCUCAGGCACCAUGGGCAGUUACUCGGUAUCUGAAUCCUUCUCCGCUCCCGGCUACCACUCGGGGGUGGUAUGGUCGGUGGAGGACCCAUCCGAUGAGGUCUUCACAUCCAGGAAGGAUCAGUGGUAUGCUGGCCUCAAUCCUGCCGACCAUGUCAACUCCCAGGUUCUGGAAUCCACGUGGGUACCACGGCACAAGAGCUUCAUGGCCCAACGCUGGGAAUCAGGUCACUAUGCCAAUAAGGAUGAGAAUUGAGACAACACCCCCUGUCAGAACUGACGAGACCCACUGCCAGUGAGUGGCUCCCCUCAAAAAAAGUGGGUUCUCUGAGCAUCCAGAACCAGAGCCAUGAACCACCUGCA